ACAGCAUCAAUCACCUCGAUAACCCGAGAAACCGCUGCAUUUGAGCUACGUUAAGCGUAAAAACGCAAGCAAUUCCAUUUGCUGCCGUAUAAUAUAUUUAAAAAAAAACAAAGCAAACCACAACCAAACCAACAAUGAAGUGCAACUGAAGCGGAAAGUGAAUGCAAAGUGAAUGAAAUAAAUUCGAACUGCGACUGAGAAGUGAGUGAGGCAAGUUUCAGGAACCGCAACGGCAGCCGAGAAUCAUGAGCGAGAAACGAAUCGCACACAAAACUGUCAUCAAAUGACAAAUGCUUGACGGCAUCAAUCAAGAAAAGCGACGACAGCGACGAUGGCAGUGCGUUGCCGGUGGAGAUGCCGGUGGAGCUGGAGCUGGAGCUGGAGCUGGAGCUGGAGCUGGAGCUGGCGCCUGGCGCUCUGUGUUCUGCUUCUGCGACUGCUUUUGCUGCCAGCAGCAACGGGCCAUGAUGAAACCAAAGAAAAUCGAACAACAGUAGAGGAAAAUCACGUCCACCUAAAGCAGCAGCAUCAACAUCAACAAGCCAGCAAACAACUUGUCGUAAAUAGAACCGCAAUAGCAUCCACUGCCACGCCCUCGGGCAUCAGGGAGAAUGUGAUGCUGCCCUCGGCCGAUCCCGAACGGGAGGCGCAGAUCCUGUACGAGAAGUCCUUGCAGGAGUACCACGGCAGCCAGCUGACCACCGCCUCCUCCUCCUCUGACGUCAUCGGCGGCAAGCGAACGUUGCACGCUGUCUGCGAACGCUGGUUGCAGAAACACUGCCACUGCAGCGGCAGCCUAGAGGUCCUGCGGCUCAGCUGCCGCGGCAUCGGCAUCCUGGCGGUGCCCGUCAACCUGCCCAGCGAGGUGGUCGUUCUAGAUUUGGGAAACAACAACCUUACCAAGUUGGAGGCAAACUCAUUUUUUAUGGUACCCAAUCUGGAGGAGCUAACUUUGUCCGACAAUAGCAUCAUUAAUAUGGAUCCCAAUGCAUUCUAUGGCCUGGGCAAAUUGAAGCGAUUGAGCCUGCAGAACUGUGGCCUCAAGUCCUUGCCACCGCAGUCCUUCCAAGGACUUUCUCAGCUGACCAGCCUACAGCUGAAUGGCAACGCCCUGGUCAGCCUGGAUGGCGAUUGUCUGGGCCACCUGCAGAAACUGCGCACCUUGCGAUUGGAGGGCAAUCUGUUCUAUAAAAUUCCCACAAAUGCGCUGGCCGGACUCAGAACGCUCGAAGCACUCAAUUUGGGCAGCAAUUUGUUGACAAUAAUAAACGACGAGGACUUUCCGCGAAUGCCAAACUUGAUCGUGCUUUUGCUGAAGCGAAAUCAAAUCAUGAAAAUCUCCGCGGGAGCUCUAAAAAAUUUAACCGCCUUAAAAGUUUUAGAGCUGGAUGAUAAUUUAAUAAGCAGUCUGCCCGAGGGACUCAACAAAUUGUCGCAACUGCAAGAGCUUUCCAUAACCAGCAAUCGACUGCGCUGGAUAAACGACACCGAACUGCCGAGGAGCAUGCAAAUGCUGGACAUGAGGGCCAAUCCCCUGUCGACCAUUUCGGCAGGCGCCUUCCGGGGAAUGACCAAGCUGCGGAAGCUGAUCCUGUCGGAUGUGCGAACUUUGCGCUCGUUUCCGGAGCUUGAGGCCUGCCAUGCCCUGGAGAUACUGAAACUGGAUCGAGCCGGCAUUCAGGAGGUGCCAACGAAUUUGUGCCGUCAAACGCCAAGACUGAAGAGUUUAGAACUAAAAACCAAUUCCCUAAAACGCAUCCCAAAUUUAAGUAGUUGCAGAGACUUAAGGCUGUUAGAUCUAUCGAGCAAUCAAAUUGAGACGAUUCAGGGGAAGCCCUUCAACGGACUGAAGCAGUUGCACGAUCUUUUGCUCUCCUACAAUCGAAUCAAGGCGCUGCCCCAAGAUGCCUUUCAAGGCAUUCCCAAGCUCCAACUACUUGACCUGGAAGGCAAUGCCAUCUCGCACAUACACAAGGAGGCCUUCUCCGGCUUUACCGCUCUGGAGGAUCUCAAUUUGGGCAAUAAUAUUUUUCCCGAACUGCCCGAAGCGGGACUGCGUGCUCUGCUCCACCUGAAGACCUUCAACAAUCCAAAACUUAGGGAGUUUCCGCCACCCGACACAUUUCCCCGGAUCCAAACACUCAUUCUAUCGUAUGCCUACCAUUGCUGUGCUUUUCUGCCCCUGGUGGCCAUGUCCUCGCAGAAGAAAACCUCCCAGGUCCAGGAGGCAGUGCUCUUUCCCUCCGACGCGGAGUUCGACAUGACCCUGUGGAACAACAGCAUGAUGAACAUCUGGCCCCAAAUGCACAAUCUCAGCAAGCAGCUGGGUGCCGCCAUGCACGAUCCAUGGGAUGCGGCUGCGAACUUCAACGAGGAGCAGCUGCAGUCGCAAACUGGAGGACAAAUCGCCACCAGCUACAUGGAGGAGUACUUCGAGGAGCACGACGUGAGUGGUCCGGCCACGGGAUAUGGCUUUGGAACAGGUCUAUUCUCGGGCAUGUCCACGGAGGACUUUCAGCCGGGAUCGGUGCAGUGCCUACCGAUGCCAGGACCCUUCCUGCCCUGCGCCGAUCUCUUCGACUGGUGGACCCUGCGCUGCGGAGUGUGGGUGGUCUUCCUGCUGUCCCUUCUGGGCAAUGGCACAGUGGUCUUUGUGCUGCUCUGCUCGCGCUCCAAGAUGGAUGUGCCGCGGUUUCUGGUCUGCAAUCUGGCUGCGGCGGACUUCUUCAUGGGCAUCUACCUGGGCAUUCUGGCCAUCGUGGAUGCAGCCACCUUGGGUGAGUUCCGGAUGUUCGCCAUUCCGUGGCAGAUGUCGCUGCUCUGCCAGUUGUCCGGUUUCCUGGCAGUCCUCAGCUCGGAGCUGUCCGUUUACACGCUGGCAGUGAUCACCUUGGAGCGGAACUACGCCAUCACCCAUGCCAUUCACCUGAACAAGCGACUUUCGCUGAAGCAGGCGGGCUAUAUAAUGAGUGUGGGCUGGGUUUUCGCCCUGCUGAUGGCCUUGAUGCCUCUUCUCGGCGUUUCGGACUACAGGAAGUUUGCCGUGUGCCUGCCCUUUGAGACGACCACUGGACCUGCGAGCCUGACCUAUGUGAUCUCACUGAUGUUCAUCAAUGGGUGUGCUUUUCUCACUCUGAUGGGUUGCUACCUGAAGAUGUACUGGGCCAUCAGGGGCAGUCAGGCAUGGAAUACCAACGAUUCGCGCAUUGCCAAGCGGAUGGCCUUGUUGGUAUUCACGGAUUUCCUCUGCUGGUCGCCCAUCGCCUUCUUCUCCAUCACGGCCAUCUUUGGCCUGCAGCUAAUUUCGCUGGAACAGGCCAAGAUAUUCACGGUUUUUGUGCUGCCUCUGAACAGCUGUUGCAAUCCCUUUCUCUAUGCCAUAAUGACGAAACAGUUCAAGAAGGACUGUGUGACAUUGUGCAAGCACUUUGAGGAGUCACGCGUUGUGGGCGGCGGUGGGCAGGGUGGGCGUGGCGCAGUGGCGCGAACAAAGAGGGGUGAACUACCGCCACCUUUAUUGCCCGCUACGGCAGUGGCUCAUCCACCAGGCUGCCGCUGCCUGCGGAUGCUGCCCAGCGAGAUGCCCAAUUGGCAUAAGAUGGAGCAGACGCCGAGUUUGUGGCAGCGGCUGAGGACCUUCUGCUGCGGGGAGAGUAGAAGGCGCAGGAAGCAGCGAAGGCAGCCGCAGCAGAGACGCCAGCGAGCCUACACUGCGGCUGCUGCGAAUCCCUAUCAGUACCAGUUCGCCGAACUGCGACAGCAACGCCAGAAUCGAGCCAGCUCCAUUUCCAGCGAGAACUUCUGCAGCUCGAGGUCAUCCAGCUGGCGACACGGACCGCCCUCGUCCGCCCCCGUACCGCCAGGCAACUGCAGCAUGCCGCUAAAGAUGCUGGAGCCCCAUGGCCAUCCGCACGGUCAUGGGCGGAGGCGCCACUCCGCCUGGCUCAUCACCCGCAAGACGUCGCAGGACUCCAACUUGUCCAGUUCGCGGAACGACUCCUCCGCCUCGGCCACCACCGCCAGCACCUCCACCUUCCGCCUGUCGCGCUCCAGUGCCGGCAGCAGCACACCCCUGCCCUCGAUCAUAGCCCACAACGGCAAAGCCCAGUUGGAUGCUGUGAAGCCCAGACUGGUGCGCCAGGAGGCGGUCCAGGAGGAGGAGGACUCGUCGCCACCGCGCCUGGGAGUGCGUUUCCUGCCCACUAUACCCUCGGCUGCCGACAGCUCGGUCAUCAUGGAGGAUGGCGACUCGGCCAACACGGGAGCAGCCGGGUUCCUGGGCAUGCCACUGCCUGGAGCAUCGAGUGGCUUCCUCAUUGCACCCACCACAGCCGCCACAACCACGACGACUCCACCACCGGUGGUGCUGCAGCCGGCGAAGCCACCACCCGAUCCCAACGACGCACCACCAUGAUGGUGGGACUGGCGCUGGCGGAGAAUGGGCAGAGCCAACCGGGAGGAGACCUUUCUGUAGGGUCAAGGGAACAGGACAAAAGCUGACUGUGUUCAUAGAUUGUAUUCGGGGUGGGACGGGGUUGGGAUGAGGGCUAACAGCUGAUUGAAAGGAUUUGGCAUUUAGGCUAGUAAAGACACAAAAGAAACAAAAACACGCUUUAGGCAACUAAAAGCAUUAUGUUUGUAGCAUUAAGUAGCCAAUUUGUUAAGUUAGAUCACACCUAAGAUCAGGAUCCAAUUGAAUCACUUGGAAGCGAGCACUUGAGCCCAAAGGAUAACAACGUUGAAAGGAUCAGUCACAAGUCCAGUUUCUUAAAUUAUUGUUUUUAUUACCACAUGUUUUAUAAGGCACUCAUAUAUGCACAUAUUUUAUUUGUUAUAUUUUAAAUCCACUUUACAAAGUUUAUUUCAAAAAUUAUUUUUAUAGCGAAAAAAAUUCACACCAUGACAAUAAUUUAAGAAUCUGGCCAAAGUUGACAACGAGUAUUAUGUAUUGCAUAAUUUAUUACGGUAGAUUACGUUCAUAACUUUUAACCAUACAUGUUUAGAAUAUCUAUAUAUAUAUAUAUAUAUUUAUAUAUGUGUGUAUUAUUUUCGAUGAUGCCAAGCAUCCUUCGGUGUAGAACUUUGUCGAACGAGACGAUUGUAAACGAAACCAAGCCAUAAACAUUUAAAUUAAACUAUUUCCACAUA